CCCUUCUCCAAAACAUGCUGAGUUCACAUUUAUGCCCCUGACAGUCCAACAACAGCGUUUACUACGAGAACCAAUCAAAGUGUGCGCUGUGGGGCAGCUAUCAAGCCCAUUGGUCAAACCCCUAUUCCUUUGCGCAUGCGCACUCACCGAUUCAGUCACAGCCAAUGACGCCACCCAUUCAUUACUGAAAACAAGCCCAGACACAACCAGACGACAGCCGGACAGCCACGGUUUACUGACCCGGUUCUGGCAACCGGUGUUCAGCACGAAAACACGAACUUAGAGUCUGGACUGAAAUAAUAAACGCAACACCACCACUCGGGGGGAAAAAAGAGGAAAGUUCGACAAAAAAAAAUAUAUCCUCAAAAUAGCUUGCUGCUUACCUGUCAAACAAGAAGCGCGUCGACGACAUCGCCGCUGCGGGUUCGCGGACAUGACUCUCCAGGAUGACCUGACAACAGCUGCAGCGAAGGGAAACACGGCCGGUGUGGAGGCUGUUCUGCUGAAAGGAGCCGACGUUAACGGGAAGAACCAGUUCGGACGAACGGCCCUACAGGUGAUGAUGAUGGGCAGCUCUCCGGUGGCCCAGCUCUUGCUGCAGCGCGGAGCAAACCCGAACGUGGCGGACAGCAGCACCGGGAACACGCCGCUGCACGACGCGGCCCAGACGGGCUUCCUGGAGACGGUUCGGCUCCUGGUGGAGGCUGGGGCCGAGCCGCGGGUCAAGGACAAUAACAACCGGCUGCCUGCUGAUGUGGCCCGGCAGAGCGGACACACGGAGGUCUGUGCUUUCCUGGAGGCCCUGCCGCAUUAACCUGCAUUUAUUUUAUUUUUACUAAUAAGACUUUACUAUUAUUUUUUUUAUUUAUUAAACCCUGUUGGUUCUGAAAGAGAACCGCGGAACAGGCCCGAUACAAGGCCUCUACAAUAAAAAUCAGUUCCGCUCCUUCAUCAUGAAUUUUACAAGUCAUAAUUUUAUUUAAAAACAAUUGCAGGAAUAUUUUACUGUGUCAUCUUAUGACAGCUUGUAGUUUUAUUGUUGAAGGCUAUUUAUAUUGUAGAUGUUGAAAUCAAAGUUUUGCGUAGUUUAUUUUACUUCUUUGUCAAAUAUUUAACCAAAAUAACUUAAAGCCAUGUUAAAUACGUUUUUGCACGUUUCAAAUUUGUGUUUAAUUGAUGCACUAUUUAAACAAUCAUGUAACCUGUACAUAAAUGAUACUAAGAGCUAUUGUGCACUUUAAUAAAUGACUUUUUUUUUCAAAUCUUGUAUAUUCUGAACAAUGGAAAUGCAAAAAUAUGGAGGGUAAAAAAAUGUUUGCUUGCCAAAUGUAUUUAUAUAAUAAUACAAAACAACGAUUGUUGAAAACAGAAAUUGUAUUUGAAAGUUUUUAGUUUUUUUUUUAACUGAGCAUCAUUUAAGUUGACAAACUUGAUAUGUUGAAUAAAUUUUCCCUUUUCUUUUGAAGAAAGGGAAAUGUCCAAAUUGUUUGUACAAUAAAACAUUAACGGUU